AUGAGGAUUUUAAUUUUGCUGCUUAUUGUUGCAGCAUUUGCAGUGAGUGCAAAGUAUUUACCGGAUAGUAAUGAUCCUAAUCAAUUAUUAAACCGCUACAAAAGAUCUGACACCGAAGAAUCUGUAAUGUCAUCUAAAGACAAUGAUUCAAAUAGUAAUGAUGAUGACAAUGAUGGCGAUGAUAAUGAAGAUGUCGGCGAAGUUAUUCUCCAAGAAAAAUUCAGAAAAGAGCAAUCUAAGCGCCUAAUAAAGCUUGAAAAGUCUAGGUUAAAAUUAUUAGAAAAACAAGAAAAAGAACAACGAAAACGUGAAGAAGAGCAACGAAAGCUUGAAGAUAAAAUUGCCAAGGAAUUGCGUAAAGAAGAAGAAAACAGGCGAAAAGAAGAGCAAAGACGUGAAGAAAAGUUAGAAAAAGAAAGGCGAAAAUUGGAAGAAAAAGAGAGAAAAUUGCAGGAAAAACAUCUGAAAAAUGAACGAAAAUUGCAAGAGAAGACUGAAAAACAGAUGAAAGAAAUAGAAGGAAAUAUGUUUAAAAUACAAAAAGUGAAUGUUAAUGUUUCAGAAUUAGAUUCAGAUGAUUCUAUAAAAUUAGGAGAUUUUUGGAAAAACCAUAUAUAUUCAAAAUACGGUAUAACUGAGUUCAAUACGAAUUUAGAAAAGCUAGCUGCAUUAAGGAGGUACAUGCAAGAAGAACUAGGUUUGAAAGCUAACAGCACGGCAAAUGAACGUCGUCAAGCAGUGCUAAAUCUUAUUAAUAGAAAAUUACAAACGAUAUCACAACGAAAUGAAUUACAUAAUCAGUUGGUUAAUUAUAUAACUAAAGUGGGAGUUCAAAAAAUACGCGUAAACUUGGAAAAGGAUAUUGAAGAAUUAAAAAAUAAGACGGAAGUCCUUAACAAUGUUAAUUUACCAUGGGUUACAGUUGCGAAACAAGACUUUGCCGAUCAUUUAUUAUUCUUGGAAACUGUAAAGGAGCUUUUAUCAAAAAUAUUGCCUGACUGGCUUAUUGAAAGUGAAACACAAGUAGAUACAGCAACUAACAGUGACAUUGAUUCAUCUAUAGUUGAGGCUGUUAGCAUUUUAAAUGAAAACUCUUCUCCUCUUAGUAUAACUUUUGAUUCCAAGACAUUUACAGACGAUAUAAAAGUUCAUAAUCCAGCUUUAAUAAAUAACAACUUCAAUAAAAAUGUGGAACAUAUUUCUUCUAGACUUCCUAAAACUGCACAUAAUCUCCUAGUGCUUUCUGCAGAAAAUAGCACAUCAUCUGCUCCCUCUUUUAAGAAAAAUGAAAACGCUGCGGCAGUUUCAAAUGAUUCUUCAAUAGUUUUAAAGUCAUCAUCAAGUGGAUCAGAAAACAGUCAAACGCCAUUUAAUGAGUUAACAAAUUCUAAAGACGUAUCUAUGACAAGAAAAGAAACAGAUAUUUCUUCAUUGACAAUCAAUAACUCUCAUGACAUUGCUUCAUCCAAAACUAAAGUGCCUACUAAUUUUAAGAAGACAUUUAGCAGUGAAGAUAACAUCACAUCAUCUGCUACUGUUGAGAUAACUGGCAAUGCUGUCCCAGUUUCAAACGAUGAAUCUAAUAUCACUGAAUCUUCAUCAAAAAAUAUCAGCAGCUCUCCGUACAAUUAUUCAUCUAAAGUGGCUGCUGACAGUCAAAAUUUAUCCAGUGGUCCUAAUAAUGUAAUCACAGAUUCAAGCUUCUUUGGAAUUUCAUCAUCAAAUACAGUCCGACUUGGGGAUUCCUUAAACGAAAAUAAUACGGAUUUAAGCCAAAACAAUUUCAAUAUUGCUAGAUUUGAUAUCACUUCGAAUUCUGUAGAUAAUAUCACAACAGCUAAUCUCCCUUUAGACAAGUCUGAAAAUACUGUCUCAGUUUCAACUAAUUUAUCCAGUGCUUCUGAACCAUCAUCUAAUAAUCUGGAAAGCAGUCAACCUUCAGUUAUUGGAUUCUUAAAUUUUAAUAACUUACCUCAGAUAAUCAGUGAAAUAGCUACUUUUCCCCCAACAACCGCAGGUAUCACUUCUGAUACUGUAUCACCCUUCACUGAAGUAGCUUCUGACGCUAAUAGUUUAUUAAGUAGCCAAAGUGAUUCUAUUGGUAUUGUCAAUACUAUCACAAGUUCACCUCACAAAAUUAUUUCACUCUAUGAGCAAAGUGAAGGUUCUGAAAAUGGUACUAAAUCAAAGAAAAUUGAUAGUAUGAAUAUUUCUAAUUCAAAACCUAAGGAAAAAGGAAAUAUAAUUGCCAGUAAUGAGACUGAUACAGAAAACUAUUUACCUACAUCUGAGAGUUCAAUAAAUGAUAACAAAAUUCAACAAUCAAGUAAAUCUGAAUACACAGAUGCUACUAAACUUGUACCUAAGGAGAGUUCAUUACAAUAUUUUGAAAACAGCGCUACUACUGCGAACAAUACAAACUCAACUUCAAAUUUAUCAAAUGUUUUGAGCGUACGUUCUAAAGACCUAACAACAGUUUCUGGUAACUCAAGCGUCAGUGUGUCUGAUCAAUCUGGAAGUUUUACUGUUGAAACUGCUGACAAUUUUGUAUCUCCUCAUACCUUGGAAUUAGUCCUAAUAGAUAAUUCGCAAUCACAUCAUGAAAAUUCUAAUGUUACUGUAGCUGAUAAUAACGAGAGCUUAAAUCAAACACCUGAUUCUCUAAUUAUUUCUAAUCUAGGCUCUACGAGCUCUAUGUUAGUCCAAUCUGAAAUGAAAAUAGCUACUUAUGGUGCAAACAUUGGCAUGGGUGAUAUUUUGUCUUCGGUAACAAAUACCCCCAUAAUUGUUACAAGUAAUGCGGUUCUAACAGAAGGUAAAGUUUCAAUUACUUCAGCGGAUGAUGGUAUUUUGUCUAAUUUACUGCCUAUUAAUGACACAACACAAGUUAAACACACUAUUGUCACCGAUAGAUCAAAUAUUUCUAAUUUGAAUGAUAAUGUUACACAAAAAACAAUCACGGAAGUUAGUAAUAUCGUUAAUGAAGUAAAAGCACCUAACCUCUCUAGAUCUUCCAGUGAAACUCAAACGUCAAUUGCUAGUGAAGUAUUCGAGGUAACACAACAAACCCCAAUUGCUGCUGAAUUUACUAUUCGUGUCGAUAAUGCCCAAUUAAACACAGAAUCAAUAAAUUUAAAACAACAAUCAAUCGAUAUAAAAGUGACAACUGAUGAACCGUUUGUUAAAACAAAUAUUGUAUCGGAAGUUAGUACAGAACAAACUAUCACAACGCAAGUAACAGAACAAGUAAUCGCUGAUGUAUCUACAACUGUCGAGUCAGAUAUAUUGAAAAAUGACUCCAUCAAUGGAGAAAAGCUAUCUAUUUUGAAUGUUCCAGUUCCAGAUGAACAUGGUGCCUUGGUGAUAAAUAUAACGAAACAGUAA